GAAAAACUUAAAGAGAUGUAUUUCACAGAUGUCCAUUUAAGGGACAUUAUAAACUUUACAGAUAUUCAGGGGGGAAUUAUUGAUAAACAGGGAAGCAUUUUAAAAUUUAAAUCAGACGACAUCAGACAUGACGUCAUGUACGCCUUCGUUACGGAGUGUCUGGUGGAGGACAGUGAUCUGGAGUUUUUCCUGACCACGGCGUCACGUGAUGUGAUCUCAGAAUACUGUAGGUCCUGGUGGUAUGAGAGGCGUGAGGGAGAGAGAUGUCUGUAUGUACCGGACGAACCGGGGAAGAUGUACGACCUCUUCAUAGACAAACUACAGCUGGACAUCAUCACACACUGUACCAUGUCCGACAAAAGGAUUACUGACAGGAUCAGUAAACGUUUAAACAUUCCUGAAGAAGUAUUAGGAAGGAAUUUUGACGCAAGACAAAGAUUUGUAAAGAACUCGAAGCUAGGAAGUAAGGAAAUGUUUCGUGCAAGAGGAAUGAUUGUUGGAUGUGCAGGCGCAGGAAAAACAACUCUUCUUAGAAAGCUUCACGGAAGGAUAGAAACAGAUUGGAACAAGCCAUCAAAGACAACCAUAGGUCUUGAGGUCCACGAAGAUCUGUUUACUAUUGAAGACAACAAGUUGAUAGAUUUUGGUAUGGACAAAACAGACAGUGAUGAAAAACCAUAUCUUGACAAGAAAGUCAUAAGCAUGACGGACUUUGCAGGACAAGUGGCUUAUUACGCAUGUCACCAGGUUUACUUGUCAAGGAGAGCGUUUUAUAUCGUGGUUGUCGACAUGUCUAAGAAGCUGAAGAAAGAAAGUCGAAUGUAUGACAGAGAUCGCCAUGACCCUACAGGAUCCUUAUUUCACUCCUGGACUUACGGAGAUUAUGUCCAUUUUUGGUUACAAACUAUAAAUACAUACUGCAAUGAUGGAAUAACAAAAAAAGAUCCGAAAGACACAAGAGAAAUCAAAGACUCCGGGGUGAAUGUCAAUUUUCAACCGGUAAUUCUUGUUGCCACUCAUAAAGACAAGCUGGUAGGACUGUGCAAAACUUCGGAUACAAUGGAUGCAUUUUUCAGCGAAGUAGAAGAAUGUUUAUCUAAGGAACAGACCUUAAAACAACUAAUAUCACCAUACCGAUAUUUUGAAGUAGAAUGUCCAUCGAAAGUAUUGACACGUGAUCAGCAAAGGUCAAUUGACCUCGUUAAGAAAUGUAUCGUCGAAACAGUACAACAGCUGCCACAGUGGGGAGAAAAAAUUCCCUUGAAAUGGUUUGAAAUAGAGAGAAUUCUUAAUCAGAAGAAAUCAAACGGUGACAGAGUCUUAAAGAGGCAUCAAUUGAUGGAAACGGCAAAAACCUUUUUGAUGGACGAAAAUGACCUCAAUGAUGUUCUCCGUUAUUUGCACGAAAUUGGAAAAAUUAUAUAUUUUUCUGAGGAUAAACUCAAAGAAACGAUUAUCAUCGAUGUUCAGUGGUUUGUUGAUGCAUUCAAGUACAUCAUAACUGACAAAAAGCAUUUUGCUCGAAAAGACAGCAAAAAUAUAUUUGUCAAUACCGGAAAAAUUUCCAAAAAAUACAUUGAAGAGGUUUGGAAAAGUAUCAAAGGCAUUUAUAAUUCCUUAUGGCAAUCUUAUGUAAAUAAUAAAGAUGACAUCUUUCAAUACAUGAACAAACUUGGCUUGAUGACAAAAUUAGAAACAAAAGGCGGAGUUGAUAAUGAUGAGAAGAUGUAUUAUAUUCCAAGUAUGAACAGAACCGAUCUUCCUGAUGGUAGAAAAGAUGAAAUUUACCGAAAACAAAAAUCAAGCAUGAUGGUGUACUUUUUCAAGUCUUAUUUACCCCAUUUUUUCUUUUUCCGAUUGGUGGUAAAUUGUUUAAGGAAAUGGAAAGUUUGCAACGAAGAGUCUUUUUUUAAAAAUGCUGCAUUUUACAAGGCAGAAGAAGCUGGUCAUUUCUUUGCCAUUGCUGUCAGCAAAACAUCCAUCCAGUUACAGGUUUUCACGCAGGACGAAUCAGUGAAAGAAGAAUGCGUCAAGAAGAUUAGACAAACGGUUGAGAGUUUGAUUAAGGAAAUAACAGAAACUUUCCACAGGGGGAUUAUAUAUGAUAGUGGUUUUUCAUGCAAGGACAUAAACAUUACAGAUGAAGAUGAAGAAUACUUUUUGAAGGAAUCUGAAAUCAUCCAGGAAAUAAGAAACUCCCAGGAAAUGCCGCCGUGCCCCCGGCAUCUUUUUGAGCCAAAUGAUCAUAAAGUUGAUGCAAAUAAAAUACAUAUGUGUUUGUUGGAGAGAGGGUCCAGUAUGUCUAUCAGGGACAAUUAGAACCUUCUCUUCAGAGCUGCAAUAGUAUAGUACCUUGAAAUAGGCCUGUACUUUUGUAUAUAAAACGCUUUUAACCGAGGGAGGAAAGGGAAGAAGAUAUAUAUAAAAAUAACUUUUGAAGGAAUGAGAUAUUUUAUCCGAAUCUCCCCUAUUUUGGAAAGUUUUACGUAAACCUUAUGUAGCAUGUAUGCUACAUUUAUAUGACUGUAUCCCAACAGCAAAUUAAAAUUUUUUUAGGAAAACUGCUUAAAUAUGCUUCUAAAGGUGUAAGGGUUAUUUUCCUAGCAAUUCACAAUGCAUUAAUUGAUAAGGUGUUAUAACUUCUAAGAGUAAUUUUAUUGUUUGGUCAUUUAGUUUAUUGUGAUGUAAUGCUGUAAUAUCUUAAAUGGCAGGGACAUACUUUUGUGCGUUAUUUCUCUACAGGGCAUAGAAUCUACUUUAUAAAUUGGCCACUAUUAGAAUAUAUAGACGUCGCGCAUAUGCAUAGUAUUGGGGAUAGAAAUUGAAACGCUCUAAACGACGGGCGUUGGUAUUUUUGUCAUUUUAUCGUUUUUGCUAGAUGGAUUUUUCUGGAAAUUUGUAGCAAGCUUCUAUAAUUUCAUGUGAUAUCACACAACAUUCAUUAAUACAUUUCUAAUUUACGGACUGUUCAGACAGUUCGUAAAAUAAGGAGCGUUCCGUAACAUGACGUAAUCUUGACAAGUUACAAGAAGUGAUAGAGUGUUUGAUAAAGAAUUUUUGCUAUAUAACAGGUUUUUUGGAAAACUAAGUUGAUAAAUGAAAUAUGUAAAUCAAGAAGUAAUCAAAUGUUUCUUUAAAUAAUUAUAAGCAAGCAGUAAGCGGGGUUAAUAGAACGAUUUUGAUGUCUAGUCGGUUUUGUUACUACGACACAAGGUUAAAAUCUAGUAUGGCACAUCUGUUCGUAAAAGGAGUGUUUUUGGAAAAAGAUAGAGCAAAAUGCAGUGUAAAGAUUUGAGUAGUUUUCGGAAAACUCCAACAAAGACCCAAACAGUUGGGAAAACAUGGUUAAGGAAACCAUUCUUUUUAAAGUGACAUUUCGGACGGAAGGACUGUAAAAAAUGAAUUUCCUAACGUGAUUUUGCCGUAGUUUUCACAUGGGCAAAGUUUUGAUGAUUUGGAAGAUCAGAGACAGGGAGUGUUAAAUAUUAUUCCACACAUAAAACCUGGACAGCUUAUGCACAUUUUGGUUACUGAUAAAGCGAUGUAAGAAAUGCAUUAAGUAAAACUGUGACUAUGUUGAGAAAAGUUACAUGUAUUAAUUAUAAGCUUUUCACGUCAGGUAACGUCAAUGACUUUCUUUUAAGUGUCUCUGGUAUGAAAAUGUGUACCUGUCGUGAUAAAAAUAUAACUAUAUGUGCUUUGUUUCUGCUUAAAACGUGCAUGCUUAUUAACAAAAAUGAAAUAUGAAUGUAAUGAAAAAAUAUAUUCAAACAUUUUAUCAAUGUUUGUCAGUAAUUACCAAAGUUGUCCACGAACUCCAUGGACAAGCCUCCUUUUUAGGAAUAAAAGUAUCGAAGUAUUUUAAAAGAAAUGUUAAUGUCACUUUAUUUUAAUAUAAUGAUACAUUAAUUUGCAUUAAUAUAUAUAAUAUCAUGUGAUAAAGUUAAGAUAACUAAUAGUUAUCGAUCGAAUGAAAACAUACAACUUAUAUGAUUAAAUUUUUAAACAGGAAAUAGUCCAUUAAAAUUGAAUUUUUUUCGUCAUACAUAUCUGCCGAGGAUGAGGAUGAGGAUGAGGAUCUGCCAUCGAUCGGUCAAUCCAGUGGUUUGAGAAGCUUAAGGAAUGUAGAACUUCCAUUUCCUUUGGAUGGUCUCCUAGUAGACCAAGUGAGCGUUAAUGGACGUGAACUGUACACAUACUGUUCUUGACAUUGCUACUGAAAUAAGAACAUUAUUUGGAAAGACUAAUAUAUUUGUUUUCAAAAAUAACUUUUAUAUUGAAAAAAAAUGUGCGAUAGGGGAACCAAACUUUUCUUGAAAACAGGAAUGGAGAAGAAAUACAUUGUACAGUGUUCUGUAGAAUGUCUUAGUCAAUUUGAAAGUGGGGGUGAGAUUCUAGUACGUGACGUGGCAGAUUUAAUAUAACGGUACGUCAAACUUUCCCCCCUGUAAUUACAACUGCCCAUGUUUAGAAAGCUUGUGUGACAUUGGGUAAUGGAACGUUGUGAAAUUUUCCAGCAUCAAUGUUGUUGUUUAAUGGCUCUUCCUCAUAAUCAUAUAUUUUUUUGCUUUCAUCUAAUCACGAAAAACAU